CGGCCUUCCUCGCCUGGGCCCGCUUAGGUCCACCCACCUGAGCCUUCAUAAAGUGAGCGGCAGCGGUACAAUAGACAGUAAUCCUCUGGCUGUCGUGAGGUGAGGAUCGCGCUCUUCCUCGCCGCUUCCAGUGGACUACAAGACUAGCCAGCGUGUGUGAAGAUGACGCAGACGGCGCUGUGGACGGUGGGUGUGGUGGCCGCCACGCUCAUCGCGCUGGCCCAAACUCAGAUAGUAUUUCCUGAUGGUGCUGCUCAAGCCUUUGCCACUGCCGGGGCGGGAGCCGGCGUGGAUGUGUCAGCUAGCUCCUAUGCCAGUGCUGACAGCGGCAGCAUCCAGGACAGCAUCCAGAGGAGCAUCCAGGGCACCCUAGCGGUGCUGCCCAGACUAGGGAUCCCUGCACUGCCAGACAUCGUCUUUCCCCGAGAAGUUUUUCAGCCUGAGCAGGUCCCGUGCACUACGUACCUCGGGCAGCAGGGCUCCUGCCGCCGCCUGGUGCAGUGCGCCACCUUCUUCGCCGAGAUCGCCCAGCUCUCCCGCUCCCCGUGCGUCAUCAGCGACGCCCAGCAGGGCGUCUGCUGCCCCCACACUAAGCAGCCCUCAACAGAUGUGGGAGGACUGAUUAGCAAGCAGGAUCCCGUGACGGCCGUGAUGCCUGAUCUCAAACCGCAGCAAAUCCACGAAGCCUGUGAGUGGGGCAUCAAGGAGCUUCACAAAAAGGAGGUCUUCGAGGAAGAACUGUUGAAGAACAAUAUCGUAGCGAAGGAAGGGACUCCAGUGUACGCCCACGCCCAACUCUUCCAGACCACAGAUAAAAUCGUCCAGAAAGCCAAAGAUGCCUUCAAGAGCGUGGCCGCCUCCAUCAUGUUGGUCGAGCACUUCAAGCUGACAAAAGAACAGGGUGGGUUCGGUCUGCCACAGUUCGGCCUUCAGAACACGAUUAUUGCCAACACGUGUCCCAAAGAGCCACCGUGUCCGGUAACCAAGUACCGGACCAUUAACGGAACAUGCAACAACAGGCGGAACAAGAACUGGGGCAGCGCCGGGGUCGCCUUUCAGCGCAUCCUGCCUCCAGAUUACCACGAUGGUGUAAACUCCGCCCGCCAGCAGGCCAAGUCCGGGGCCCCUCUGCCCUCCCCCAGGUCCAUCUCUUCUAGGGUGAUCAUUGAUCGCGACAAUCUCUACGACAACUUCACCAUCCUCAUCAUGCAGUGGGGCCAGUUUCUCGACCACGAUAUUACCCACACACCCAUCACCAAGGGUAAAGACAAGGCGGACAUCACCUGCUGUUCCAAGGGCCAGCUACGCCAACUCCACGAACUCCAUCCAGACUGUAUGCCCAUCAUCAUCCCCGAGGACGAUGCUUUCUUUAACCAGUUCGGUCAGCGUUGUAUGGAGUUCGUGAGAUCGAUGCCGGCCGUCCGCCCCAAGUGUAACUUGGGUCCUCGGGAGCAGAUGAACCAGAUCACCUCUUUCAUCGACGCGAGCAACGUGUACGGGUCCAGUCUUGAGGAACUGAAGGAGCUGAGGAGCUUCAGUGACGGCCUGAUGAAGGUGGGGACGCCGGGCCACCCGCUCCUCCCGCCCCACCCCUCCGAGUGCAAGGACACCACCGGCAAUAUGUUCUGCUUCAGAGCUGGUGACACCCGGGUGAACGAGCAGCCGGAGCUGGCGGUGAUGCACACCAUCUGGAUGAGGCAGCACAACAAGCUGGCCACGGAGCUCAAAAGCCUCAACCCCGGCUGGACGGACGAGAUCUUGUUCCAGGAGGCGCGAAGGAUCUUGGCGGCGCAGAUCCAACACAUCACUUACAACGAGUACCUCCCCAUCGUCCUCGGUCGACGGUUCAUGGAGACGUUUGGUCUGGUGCCGAAGAAGAAGGGCUACGCUGCUGGUUACCGCGAGGACGUCGACCCCACUAUCAUCAACGCCUUCGCCGCCGCUGCCUUCAGAUACGGCCACACUCUCAUCUCUGGCAACAUGGAAGCCUACAACAAAUUUGGCAUUGUGGAGAAGAACCUCCGACUCAGCGAGAAUCAGUUCUCACCCUUCAUUCUGUACCAGCAAGGAGGCUUGGAUUCUCUCCUGCGUGGCCUCACCAUCCAGGCCAGCCAGAAAUUCGACCGCUUCUUCAGCAAGGAGCUGACCAAUCACCUGUUCGCGGGUAAGAACAAGUUCGGGAUGGACCUGGUGGCCCUGAACCUGCAGCGGGCCCGCGACCACGGCAUCCCUGGCUACAACAAGUGGAGGAAGAUCUGCGCCCUCCCGAGGGCCAACACCUUUGAUGACCUCGCUGAUGUUAUUGAUCCAGAGGUAAUCAACCAACUGCGAGAGCUGUACGAGGAUGUGGAUGAUAUUGACAUUUUCAUCGGCGGUAUUGCAGAGAGGCCCUCGCCAGGCUCCCUCCUAGGCCACACCUUCCUCUGUAUAAUAGGAGAUCAGUUCGCAAGACUCAGGGUGGGCGAUAGAUUCUACUACGAAAAUGGUGGAUUGGAGUCGUCGUUCACAGAGGCUCAGUUGGACCAGAUCCGGCAGACCAGUUUAGCCAGAGUGAUGUGCGACAACUCCGACAACCUGGAGAUGAUGCAGCCACUCGCCUUCGUCCAAGCCGAGCUUGUAAAUAAGCGUGCUCUCUGCAAAGUUGGGAACCUGAUCCCAAAAGUGUCCCUUCAACCAUGGAAAAACGAGCCAGUGUGGACAUGAACAAUGAAUUAAGAUAACGGUAAAAACAUUUAUAAAUAAAAAAUAAUGGCUGAACUUAAAAA